GUGAGUUUGAACCUAAACUAAAACCUUGUCGAAUUGAAUCCAGAGGAGCGCCUGGUGCCGCGGAACCACUGGACCUUCGCUGUCGUCGUUCGGCCGAGGUUUGCUAAGAUGACAGAGCUAAGGCACCGUGGAGCCAAAGACACCGAGGCGACGUUAGAACAACAGCCGUCCGAGGACAAGGGUUCAGACAGUGAGCUGAGGCUGGAAAAAGAUGGCGGAUCAGAUAGUGACCCCAAAGUGGACACAGGGGUCCCUGAGGUUCCAGUGCCAGCCGAUGACACACCAGAGGUGUUAAAUAAAGCCUUGUCCGGACUCUCCUCAAGAUGGAAGAACUGGUGGGUUCGAGGGAUCCUUACACUGGCCAUGAUUUCCUUCUUCUUCAUCAUCAUCUACUUGGGCCCCAUGGUGCUUAUGAUGAUUGUCCUGUGUGUUCAAAUUAAAUGCUUCCAAGAAAUCAUCACCAUCGGUUACAGUGUUUACCACUCGUACCAUCUGCCAUGGUUCAGGACACUCAGUUGGUACUUCUUGCUCUGUGUCAACUAUUUCUUCUAUGGCGAGACGGUCACAGAUUACUUCUUCACACUAGUGCAAAGGGAAGAGCCACUUCGUAUCCUCAGCAAAUACCAUCGCUUUAUCUCUUUUGCCCUCUACCUCACAGGUUUUUGCAUGUUUGUGCUGAGUUUGGUGAAGAAGCACUACCGCCUUCAGUUUUACAUGUUUGGCUGGACUCAUGUGACUCUGCUGAUUGUGGUGACUCAGUCUCACCUCAUCAUUCACAACCUGUUUGAAGGGAUGAUCUGGUUCAUUGUGCCAAUUUCCUGUGUGAUCUGUAAUGAUAUUAUGGCCUACAUGUUUGGUUUCUUCUUUGGCCGCACCCCUCUCAUUAAGCUAUCACCAAAGAAGACAUGGGAGGGAUUCAUCGGUGGAUUCUUCUCGACCAUUUUGUUUGGCAUCAUGCUCUCCUACGUGAUGGCUGGCUAUCGUUACUUCGUAUGUCCAGUUGAGUUCAACAACGAUUCCAACAGUUUCCAGGUGGACUGCGAGCCACCUGAACUUUUCCAGCUACAGUACUACACCCUCCCCAGCGUCCUACAGUCGGUCACUGGAUGGACCACGGUUCGUCUCUAUCCAUUCCAGAUCCACAGCAUCGCGCUGUCCUCAUUUGCCUCAAUCGUCGGCCCCUUUGGUGGCUUCUUUGCCAGCGGCUUUAAGAGGGCCUUUAAGAUAAAGGAUUUUGCCAACACUAUUCCUGGACAUGGUGGUAUAAUGGACCGAUUCGACUGCCAGUACCUCAUGGCCACAUUUGUAAAUGUCUACAUUGCUAGUUUUAUCAGGGGCCCCAACCCUAGCAAGGUGAUUCAGCAGCUCUUGGCACUUCGCGCCGACCAGCAACUCUACAUUUUUAAUUCUCUGAAGGCUCACCUCAUCGACAAGGGCUUGCUGCCCGCAUUGGACGAGGCUGCCGCCUAGAGUUGCCCAUAUCCAAGGCGGCACGUGCGUUUCUGUUGUGGGAGACUCGAAUUGCUUUUCUCGGAGCAUAAAAAAAGGAAAUCCAACAAAAGAAAAAGGCGCCCUUGGGUUAUUCCAUUUCAUUUGGGUAUGAAGUAUGUGUCCUCCAUACUAUAUGUGAAUCACGUUACUCAAGUCUUUCUGGGUUCAAAUACUCUAUGUACAUUUUUCCAUUAACAAUCCCCAUUGUUUGUUGAACAGUGUUGGUCUGUUUUACAUUUCUACCUGUACACAAUAUUCUCGGUGUACCUUCAUCGUGUAUUAUUUUAUUGUGCUUUUUUUUUUUUUUUUUUUUUAAAGCUCUGCUUUCAACAAUGUCACUCACUGUAUUGUUAACUUUUUUGAGUUGUUUUGUUGUGGUUGUUAAUAUUUAUAUAGUUUUUAAAAAAAAAUACAUAUAUAUAUCAGCUAUGUUACUAUAUCUGGGAGUGUUUUUUUAAUUUAUAAACUGUUAUAUUAAAUGGUCUUUUCACUGCCAUUCAUCAUUUCACAGCCUUAGCCGCUUUCAUGCGUUUUUACUGUCAUGGAAACUAAAGCAAAUUCUAUAUUGUUUUUGUUCAAUAUUUCACUUUUGUGCUGGUUAAUUUCACAUGUUAAAUUAGGAGUGUCUUUAUUCUGUUAUUAUUGUUCACAAUGUUGACAAUGCUCAAAUGGAACUUUUAGAUCCUUUCAUCACUGCCAUAAUCUGCUUGUCUGUUUGAACCCUUACAGAGAUAAGAACUCCCAAGCAGAUACUGACAAUAUGUUCUAUCAAAAAAAAAAAAAAAAGAAGUGAUUGACCAUUAAGGUUUUCUUUAGCAGUGGGCACAUUACACAGCAGCUAGGGUUCAUUCCCAGUUUAAUAAACGCUGCUAGCAUGUGUGUUAUAAUUUGUGGUUAAAAGUGAGUGAUUUUGCAAGUUUUCUCCCAGUUUUGGAUGUUGGGAUGUCUUACUGCCACUCUUACUAUAUUUUAUAAUUAGAGAAAAUGCAACAAAUGCCAUUUGUAACCUAAACAUAUUCAUAUUUACUGUAAGAUUUUUUUUUAAAAUGCAUGCUAUCUUAAUGAGACUUGAUCAAUGCUGAAGCAUAGUAGCAAAUAUCUCAAAAAUGGUAUUCAAAUAUUUUUGGGGUGAAAGUACAACUUUUGGCUAUAUUUCAGUGCCGUAAAUAUGGUCCACAGAGAGAACACUUCUACAUUGGUGACAGAUUUGAUGGUGAACUGUGUUGUAUUAAUGAAGAUCAACGAGUGGCGGUGCAGCUAUUCACAGCAAUGUUCACCAUGAUGAUCCUGACUAAAACUUCUUAAUGCCCUUUUGAUUUAACAAUCUUACCAAUGUAUUUCAUUUGUUUUGUUUUUUUUGGUGGCGUAGUAGUCUCAACCAGUUAGAAAUGUUAUAGGGACAUGAACAUUAGGAUGGCCAAUGACCAGCUCGUAAAGACAGAAAAUCUAUUACUUCUUUGAUGUCCUCAAAACAUUUCCCCCUAAAGACAUUAUCUCCAUUCAUUGCAUUGUCAUGUGCAAGUUCUUUUUCUUAAAACUAUACUCUGGAAGUACAAUAUGUAUUGUCACGCAAAUGUUAUGUCAAUGACACAUUGAUACACUUGCCAUUCGACUACAUAGCCAUAAAUUGAUUCAUAAAGUGUUUAUGCUGAAUCAGUUCCUGUCAAUGUUAAUAUAGUGUAGAAUUUAGAGAUAUUUUGGUGUGCUUUAAUAUUUUUUUGACUAAAGGGAUAUUUCAAGCUAUAUUGUCAUUUACAAAAAGAUAUUGUUACAAAAAAAGAGCUCGCUUUCUUGCAAUGAGCUGUUUGUUGGCUCUUUUUGUCGCAGUGCAAAUAGAAGCUGCACAGAUACUGCAGCUGUGUUUUGUCGUCAGAAUUCUAUUUUUGUUUGGUAUAACUGUGUGUCACUGUGAUUGUAUUUUUUUCUAUUAUACAGUAUUCUCAAACCUGGUCUUUGUUAGAGGCGACCACUAGAGGGAGGUGGGAGCACCCAUGGUCUGCUGAUGUUAUUGAAACAUUUGCCUAAUCAAUGAUAGUUGCAAAAUCUAUAUUUUAAUUCCAUAGGUCUCAUAGCAAAUACAGGCAGACUUAACCCUUUAUAGGGCACGCAUUGACUGGCAUUGACGGCGCUAUACCAUUUUGAAUUGGAGAAGCUUACAGCGAAUAAUCGUUAAUGCCAGUGAGUUAAAUACUAUGAAAUUUAAAAUAAUAAUAAUAAAAAUCAACUUUAGAGUGUUAUUGAGGGGGUCAUACCCAUAGUGUAUUUCAGUUUUUAUUCGUCUUAAUUUUGUUUUACUUUAUUUUUUUUAAAUUAAAAAUGUAUUGUUAAAAAUACAGUAUAUAUAAAAAAUAUACUAAAAGUACAUGAAUGAUUAAUAAUGAAACAUAAAUGGACAUACAUUAAUAUAUACAGUAUAAAUACUAUGGUAAUGAUAAAUAAUUAUAUAAUGCAGUCAUAUCUUAAUUAAUGCAGUAAUUAAAUACUACACUAAUUACAAAAGACCUGGCGUCCGCAUGUGUGGAAAUCACAUUUUGGUCAUGUAGGGCACACUUAUACCAAAUGUUAAUAUUGUUUUAAUAUUGUUAUUACUGCUAUUUUUUAAUGACCAAAACUAGUCAUCAACUUGCCUUAUAAAGGGUUCAAAUUUUUAAGUUUAAUAAAUAAUGUGAAUGGCAACCAGAAAGCCAUUGUGGACCAUUGUUGGAGUACUGCCAUUAAUUUUCAUUUUUCUUUUGGAAAUAAUAGAAUGUAUUCAACCCCAACCACAUAUUGUUCGCUAGCAUUCUAGGAAAUUUUAUUUGGGGGUUCCCCUAUAAAUCAAUGAGUUUUUCUUAGGCAGUGGAGUGCUUUGUUCUACACAGUAUUUGUCUAUAAAAAGUAAUGUAUUCAUGAUGCUAAAAUGUACUUAUCUUACCGGAAGAUGAAAAUAUUAAAGCAGUUGGCCGUUG